AUGAUGUUACUUAUUGUUAUCAUUUGUCUCACUCCCUGUAAAUCUUUAUUGAGUAACAUAACUUUAGAGAGGAUCGUGGGAGGACGUGUUGCUACAUGUGAGCAGUUUCCUCAUCAGGUCAGCUACGUCGUCAACAACUCAUAUUUCUGCGGUGGAUUUAUCAUCAGUAAACGAUUUAUAUUAACAGCUGCGCAUUGCGCUCAAAAGUACAACGGUACAGUUAUUCCAAUAGUUGAAGUUAUCCCGUAUCCCGGCUACAAUAGACCUCCAUUUGAUAAAGACAUCGCGGUGAUGAGGACUUCAGAAGACAUCGAGUUUAAUUCUUGCACACGACCGAUAGCUUUGCCUCCGAGAGGAUCACUUUUGAGGGCUGGAUCAACCAUGACCCAAGGCGCUUCAAUAUUACCGGAUCGAUUGAUGACAGUUGAUUUAAAUCUAGUGAGUAGGUCUCGAUGUCAAUCAGCAUACAGUCCACUGAGGAUUACAGAAAAUAUGCUUUGCGCGGGAAAUUACUUCUUAGGAGGGAAGAGCACAUGUCAGGGUGAUUCAGGAGGGGUGGGAGCUAUUGACGGGGUGGCACGUGGUGUGGUAUCGUUCGGCCGGGGCUGCGGGAAACGGCUCUCUCCCAGCGUGUUCGCGAGCCUCGCCGCGCCGAACAUAAGGGACUUUAUCAAGAAACACACGGGAUUAUAA